AAUUGAUAAAAGAGUAAAUAAAUUGACUAAAGCAGUCCUACUAAAAAUGGAGACAAUAUCGCACGUCGUUAAAGUUUCUCUGCCAAAUUAUUUAUCUGGUUUACCAAUUCCUGAUUCAAUUGGCGGAUGGUUUAAACUUGGAGUUAAAGACUGGCUGGCUUUAAUCCCACCAACAGCUUUAGUAGCAGGACUAGGAUACAUGUCCUAUCAAGCCUGGUGUCCUGAAGCAAAAAAGUCAAUUAAAGCACGUGUCAAUCAUAAAGUAAAGAAGGACGUCAGUAAAGUAGUCGAUACUAUUGAUGUUGAAGAUAUAACUGAAAAAGCUUUUUUCUGUCGUUGCUGGCGAAGUGAAAACUGGCCUUAUUGUGAUGGAGCACAUGGCAAACACAAUGAAGCUACAUGUGACAACGUCGGACCACUUAUCGUGACCAAAAAGAAAUAAACUAAAAAAAGGCUAUAAAAAAAUACGUAUCAAUAAAAUUGAUUGCUGCAUUUUUCGACAAUACACCUCGCAAAAUUUAAAUAAACUGUAGUUACCUUUUAGUUAUUUCAAUUAAAAAUAUUUUUUUUGGUUGCGGUGUCAAUACUGCCAGUAAAUAAUUAAUAUUAUUAUUUAAUAAUAAUUACUGCAGUAUUAUCUUCAGUUAUCAUUUAUCAUAUAUUUUUUUUUUAUUAAAACUUUUUUCUUUUUUACAAUAAAUUCUUGCCUGGCAACAGCCGAUAUUUUUCCGAUAAUCAAUUAAGUUUUUUUUAAAAA